UAUCAAAAUUGAAAGAAAAAAUUGUCCAUUGGUGAGUUUGACCCAGAAAAGAAAGGUUUGUUCUUUGUAUUCUCGCAGGCUCUCUCUUCCCUCGGGAGGCAGCAGCAGGUAAAAAGGAUGAGGUCCAUUUGCCAACAACUAUUCGGAGCUUCGUCCUCAUCACAUCUACCCUUGUAUUAUUAUGCUUCAUCUCCUGCUACCGCCGCUACUUUCAGAAGCUCUCUUUUAGUCACCAGUCACAAUUUCGUCUCAUCUCUUACCUUAAACCUCCAAAACUCAUCCGGCUUUUCUAUUCCCUCCAAAACCUCCCUACCCAGAUCGCACCAUCUUCGUUUUUUUGGUUUCAAACGACUUCCGUCCAUGGCGCCGGCGGGUCGUUCAUUUUCUGGAGUCAAAGCUUCAUUUAGCAGUGAAAGCAGCAGUUCCGGAGGUGAUAGAGAGAUACUUGUACAGCACUUGCUUGUCAAAGAAGAGGACAGUAAGAUCAUAUCAGAGAUCCAGAAAAGAAUUGUACAAGGCGAAGAUCUUAGCGAUUUAGCUGUUGAAUACUCAAUCUGUCCCUCAAAAGAAUCCGGGGGUUCCCUUGGUUGGGUGAGAAGAGGUCAAAUGGUACCGGAGUUUGAAGAGGCUGCUUUCGGUGCUCCCAUAAACAAAGUUGUUAGAUGUAAAACUAAAUUUGGAUGGCACUUACUACAGGUUUUGUCUGAAAGGGAAGAAUCAAUACUUAAAGACAUUCACCCGAAUGAGCUUCAUGAGAAACUGCAAGAUCUGUCAUUUCUUGAUGAAGCUCAAUUGAUUGAUGUUCGAGAACCAGAUGAAGUGGCUCAGGCAUCCUUGCCAGGGUUUGUAGUCCUUCCACUUCGUCAAUUUGGAAGCUGGGGGCCGGAAAUUACUACCAAGUUUGAUUCUCAAAAAGAUACUUAUGUUAUGUGUCAUCAUGGGGUGCGAUCGUUACAAGUAGCCAAAUGGUUGCAGACUCAGGGCUUUACAAAAGUAUACAAUGUCGCCGGUGGAAUACAUGCAUAUGCUGCUAAUGCUGAUCCAUCUAUUCCAACUUAUUGAAGAGCAAAAUUAAUUUUAGUUGCAUCAUUUUGAGCCAUUUGCAUCUGGCCAUUGUGAAAUUUAGCACAUGACAUGUCACUGCUCAUUAGUGAUCUUGGAAGCUCUUGUCAAGUGGUGAACUCUUUGUUUUCUAAUUAAUUUGUUAAGAUGGUAUUUGAUAUGGAUUCUCUUAUUACUAGGAUUCUCUAUGAACUCAAUUUUAUUAAAUGAUGUUAUUUUGACCUAAA